CUCUCUCAAACAAGCCAGUCGGUCUGUCAAUGCGCUGCGAGCAUUAGGGCAAGUCAAAGCAGCGGGACUGUGAGGCGGAGAGACGGAUGAGAGAAGGAGUGAAGCGCUUUCCACUGGCCGAGAAGCGACGCGUCCAGCUCACCAAACGAUGCGCCGCAGCAGAUAGGCGUCCAUUUCCAGCAGGGGCCGGCGCUCGCAACUCUUCUUUUUUUUUUAACCACUUCGCAAGUUUCACGUUGGCCUUUUGUGCGACAUCAUUAGAGCUGGGAUGCUCUUCUAGCUCUUAGGUUUUGUUUCUCACAGUUUUGCUAGAAUUGAUUCUUCUAGCCGACUUCUCAUCGGUUCGGAUCCUGAUUUUUCUCUUUUUUAUUUUUAUUUUCAACGAAUCCGUUGCUGAAGGAUUUGCGGAUUUACAACCUGUGUGUUUUCCAAAGAGGAGAAUAAGGAUUGUAAGGCGCGUUGACUGAGCCCUCCGAGCAUCAAAAUGUCUUUAUGAGGAUGGAGCCGCGGACACGAGUGACAUCUUUUCCGUUUUAGACGCUUUACCUCCGCAGUUUUGGCCCGAUCUCGACUGCUUCCCUCUAACAGACUGACAGUGUUUCUCCUCAGUCCAGCCUGAUAUGCUGGAAGGUCGAGCCUCUUGCGAGACAACAAGGUAAUGGGAGAGAAAUCACACAGAGUCGGCUCAGAGAACAAGGGAACAUUGUUCGGAAAAAGACAAUUAGGGCGCACCGAAAGGCGACAGAAAUAGCUGCUGGGAGGCGAUAAAUUUCAGAAAUCUCGACUGAGUGGAGUUAUAUUUGAGCCGAAGGGAGCACUGCUUUGGAAAAAAAACACGACUAAUGACAAAUUGAUGGGAAAGUCAUGGGAUUGGCACUGAAAUAGUGCGAUCGUGGACGCGCAGAAAAACCGUCGGCUUUGGAGAUCCAGACACGCGGAUUGAACAAGUUUCAGAGCCCGCUUUCUAAUCUGAUCCAGCCCAGUUUAGAUGAAUCGUGGAUCCAUGAGGUUGCACGCAGCAGGCUUUCACCUCACACUUUGACUGCCUCUACCUAUAAGCCCGAUCGGCUGUGGUCGCGCAUCCAUUGUUUUGAGAGUCGCCUCGCAAACAGCAUUGAAAACAGAAAAGAUUGCCCAUUUCUUUUAAAUGGGGCUACAUAUGCUGGGCGUCGGGGUUGAAAUGGCGUGUCGGGGGAGUGGGAAUGGAUUGGGGAUCCUGCUGAUAUUCUUUCUGGAUUUACUGGGAACGACGGCCAGCAAUAUGGAGCCCAUCUACUGGAAUUCCCUGAACGAAAGGUUCAGGGACGAUAAGGGCUACGUUCUGUACCCUCAGAUUGGGGACCGGCUGGACCUCAUCUGCCCCCCGCUGGACACCGCCAGGUCCACGCCGGAGUACGAGUUCUACAAGCUCUACCUCGUGUCGUCGCGGGAACAGGCGGACCGCUGCGAGGUGAACGGCCCCCCCAACAUCGUGCUGACCUGCGACGAGCCCACCCGCGAGCGUCGCUUCACCAUCAAGUUCCAGGAGUUCUCGCCCAACCUCUGGGGCCACGAGUUCAAGAGCAUGCACGACUACUACAUCAUCGCAACGUCAGAUGGGACGCGUCAAGGCCUGGAUAGCAUGAGAGGCGGAGUGUGUGCCACGCAAGGCAUGAAGGUGGUGCUGAAAGUGGGGCAGAGCCCAUAUGGGCUGCCUCCAAAGAAGGAGCCACCAGCGGGACGUACCACCAACAGAAACCCAGGCGGCGCAGGGAACUCCACCCAGUCUCGAGGACCCAACAGCUUCGGGGGCGAGGGCGGCGGCGAGAACGGGCCCCUUCAGCCGUCCAACAUUGCCGUCAUCGCCGGCGCCGCGGGGGGCUCCGCCUUCCUCCUGCUGGUGACCGCCGUGAUCUGCGUGGUGUGUUACAGGCGGCGGCACGCCAAGCACUCGGACACCCACCACCCUCCGCUGUCGCUCUCGUCGCUCACCAGCCCCAAGCGGGGAGGGGGCGGGGGCAUCUCCAGCUCCAACAACAACGGCUCAGAGCCCAGCGACAUCAUCAUCCCCCUGCGGACGUCGGACUCAGCCUACUGCCCGCACUACGAGAAGGUGAGCGGAGACUACGGACACCCCGUCUACAUCGUCCAGGAGAUGCCGCCUCAGAGCCCGGCCAACAUCUACUACAAAGUAUGAGACGGCCGCUGCUCCGGCCGAAUGGACACAUCCACCUCCCUCUACCCAUUACCAACCAAUCCCCUGCUCCAAAUGAAGCCACAGCAAAGCUCGCCAUCACAGCUCCGACCCCGAACCCCUCAAUACUAUCAGUAUUGUCCCCUGGACCCCCCACUCACUGCCCCGUGAGCCCGGCCACAGUUGUGUUUCUAGCUGAAUAAACCACCCCACCCCAUUCUCACACAACUGGGCCACCAAGUGUGUGUUAAGGGCAAUGUCAUAUUCGUACAUAGCCCUUCUUAACAAGGCCCUCACGAACGGGCAAGAGCCUCUGAGUGCCCCCUUCUUGUUAACUCAGAGCUAAACGAGCCCCACCCGUGCUGAAUUGAAGAGUCGUCCCCGUAACGCCAGUAUGUGUGUGUGUGGCAGCACACGUUAUUUCUGGGAGUAUGGACCUGGAGUUGGGACUUGAGAUGUUUUACAAAAGAAAAAAUAGAAAGGAAAGGACUACAGCUUAAAAAAAAAAACAAAAAACUACACCCCUGAUCCCACUUAGCGCCGGAGAACUCUGAUUCCCAGAGGCCAUAC